GUCACUGAGAUUGUUGCACUAAAUUGAGAAAGCACGUUUUCACUUCACUCGUUUACGCGAUUGCACAUUAAAUCCUGUCGAAUAUGAGUAGGUAAAUGCGGUCGGAUUCCUUUAUUCAUGACCGGGACUGAAAGAGCAAUAUCGAACACGUGCUCAUAAAGAUGCUGUAACUGUUUAAACACUACCGCACUGUAUCUGUAUAGCAUGUAACAAGUAGAAAACUCACUUGAUGAGCAAUAGUGGUGGAGUGCGGAAUCCCUCUCUGAUUCUAGGAAACGCCUCAUGGCCUAUCGCGACCCGGCUGUGAACCGGGGAACUCCCUAGUCCGCCCAGGCCAAGUUAGUGUCGGGCCUGCGACCAAAAGGUCACUAGUAGAGGCUAGAGAGUGCCGAGGGGAUGACCUAUCACCUCGACUGGUCUGAUACGUGCUCGGUUUCGAAUCGCCAACUUGAAAGUUGAACAUUUCCAAAUGUUAGAAAAACGAAAAGCUUUUUUCUGAAAUUUAACUCAGAUUUACUCACUAGACUUACACGGACAACUAAAAGUACAUCGCCAAUUUUUGGAGAUUAAGAAUAAUUUCAGCGUAAGUGAAAUAAAUAAGAAAUGUGAAGUUUAUGAAGUACGCAUUAAAAGAACAAUUAGCAAAUACGUACGAACGUGAUUUUACAAUGGCAGUGGUGGCGACUUCGUGGCGCGAAUCAUCUCUUGUGAAUCCUAUUCCGACGAGCUUAAAUCCUUUAUCGAAUGUGUUAAAUCCUUUGCAGGGAAACUUAAAUCCUUUACCGACAAAUUUAACCCCAAUUUCUUUGCCUACCGAAAAUUCGGAAUUAGCCGUUGCGGUUAUCAAUCGCCAAACACCGUCUCAAAAUUCGCAAAAUAGCACGAACAGUAAUGACAAAAAUCAGAAUAUUGAGUGCGUAGUUUGUGGUGAUAAAAGUUCUGGAAAACACUAUGGACAGUUCACAUGUGAAGGGUGCAAAUCGUUCUUUAAACGAAGUGUACGGCGUAAUUUAACUUAUUCAUGUAGGGGCAGUCGAAACUGCCCAAUUGACCAACAUCAUAGGAAUCAAUGCCAGUUUUGUCGUCUUAAGAAAUGCAUGAAGAUGGGUAUGAGAAGAGAAGGUACGUCCGUUCAACGAGGAAGAGUACCACCAUCUCAACCUGCGCUACCUGGAUUACCAAAUCAAUUUCUAAAUUCUUCAGAUUCAGUAACGACUUCGUUAAGUAACCAUUCGUACCUCAGCAGUUAUAUAUCAUUACUAUUACGAGCGGAACCCUAUCCGACAAGUCGCUAUGGCCAAUGCAUCCAAGCGAACAACAUUAUGGGCAUUGACAAUAUUUGCGAAUUAGCUGCUCGCCUACUGUUUUCGGCAGUCGAAUGGGCGAGAAAUAUACCAUUCUUUCCCGACCUUCAAGUAACGGAUCAGGUGGCACUGUUACGAUUGGUGUGGUCAGAACUUUUUGUCUUAAAUGCGAGUCAAUGUUCAAUGCCGUUACAUGUAGCACCUCUAAUAGCUGCAGCUGGACUUCAUGCAUCGCCAAUGUGUGCAGAUCGGGUGGUACAAUUUAUGGAUCACAUUAGAAUAUUUCAGGAACAAGUGGAAAAAUUAAAGGCGCUGCACGUCGAUUCGGCGGAGUAUUCGUGUCUGAAAGCUAUUGUGUUAUUUACAACUGAUGCAUGCGGCUUAAGUGACGUGUCUCACAUCGAAUCUCUUCAGGAGAAAUCUCAGUGUGCCCUAGAAGAGUACUGUAGAACGCAAUAUCCAAAUCAGCCAACUAGAUUUGGUAAAUUACUGCUACGUUUGCCCAGUUUACGGACUGUCAGUUCGGCAGUUAUUGAACAGCUGUUUUUUGUAAGACUGGUGGGUAAAACUCCUAUAGAAACUCUAAUUCGGGAUAUGCUUCUGUCGGGAAGUUCCUUCUCCUGGCCGUACAUGUGAUACUUCAAAUUAUACUAGAAAUCCUAGUCAAAAACUAAUACGUACAUAUCUUAGGGGUGUGUACAUGUAAAUGUAUGUACAUUUGUAUAGUAGGUAAUUAAGGUCUAAGAAUAUUAACUUGAACUACUUCACUUUUUUAUGUUGGAAUUGAUUUGAAAAUUGUUAACAAAAAGCAGUGCAUAAAACAUUUUUACUUUGUUAUAAACGCACGGUAAAUCAAAACGUCGUGUAAAAACUCGGACGCAUUUUGCAUUAAGAGAGACACUUUCUUUAUAUAUUUUUUAAUUAAAAAUUGUAUAUGUGUGGGUGUGUAGGAUAGAAGCUAUUUUGAAUGAAAAUUUUUGGCUCAAUGGUGUUUCUUGUUAGUGCAAAAGUGCAAAUUCAUAUCUAUUUUAGAAACGUUUGAUAGCAUCAUACUCGGGGUAUAAUAACGGAAAUAACAUAUCAUCAAAAGAAAACUACAUAAAAAUUGUACAUUGUUUUAUUAGCAAAGUUCAGGAUAUCAGCGUGAUUAGAGUAAACGUGUUCCUUUUUAUAUAACGGUAAAAAUGCGGUGUUAAACGAAAAUUUUAGAUAAGGUAGCCAAAACAUAAUAUUGUAAAAAUAAUGGUAGCGUAACCCUUGAUUUUUGUAAAAUUUUUCGUGUACCACCUAGAUUUGUAAUCUAGCACACAUCAAAUUUCUUUAUUUACUAUAGAAUAGAGGAUAGUUGUUUAGUUGUUUAUACUUAUCAAUGUUUAAAGUUAUUUCUGUCCAAGAUUUAGUAGUUCAAGUGGUUGUUAUUAUUUGUUAUUAUUAACUAUUGUUAAGUUUUACAAUACAAACUUUUUAUAUUUAAUUCGACGUGGAACUGAUUCAGCAAAAUACAAUAGCGAAGCAACCCUUUCUUUACAUAUAGUUAUCAUUAUCACUAAAAAUUAGCCUGCAUACCGUUUGACAGGAUAAAAUUGGUAUAUAUUUUUUUAAUUUUUCAGUUUAAAGAAUUUUGCUGUUUUAGUACAAUUACGUAUGUUUUUUUGUUUAGUAGAAUCUCGUGAUGUAAAGACAAGUAUGUAUUUUACUUGUAUUUUUUGCCAUUGACAUAGUUUUCAUGUAUUGGGUUAAAGCAAUAAAUCAAAUAUUAAAACUUGUA